AUGGCGCGGGGCGGAGCCCGGCGGACAGCGGCCCUGGGCCUGGUGCUGCGGCUGCUGCUCGGCUUCGGACUGGGCCUGGAGGCCGCGCCGACCCCAGUCCCGAUCCCGUUCUUGGCCCACAGCCCAGGCUCGUGCCCGCCCACCAAUUUCCAGUGCCGCACCAGUGGCUUCUGCGUGCCCCUCCCUCUGCGUUGCGACGGCGACAAGGACUGUCCGGAUGGCAGCGAUGAGGAGGAGUGUGGCAUCAAGCCUUGCGCCCGGGACGGACAGUGCCUGCCGCCCACUGGCAGCCCCUGCCCCUGUGACAGCAUCGACGACUGCCCAGAUGGCCUCGACCACACCGUUCACAACUGCAGUCACCAGCCCUGCCCGGCCGGGGAGCUUCGCUGCCUGUGGGGCGGUGCCUGCAUCCCCCGCACCUGGCUCUGCGACGGCCAUCCCGACUGCCCUGCCUCCAGCGACGAGCUUGGCUGUGGAACCGAGACGCCCCAGGAAGGGAAUGCCACAGCCAUGGGGACCCCUGUGGCCCCGGGCACUGUCACCGAUCUUGGGAAUGCCACCGCCACCUCGUUUGGGGACCAGGACUCAGUCCAGUCUGGAAACCGAAGUGCUUGUGGGGUUAUUGCCGCAGCCGUGGUGCUGAGCGCAGGUCUGGCUGCCAUCUCCCUGUUCGUGUUGUCCCGGCUCUGGGCCCGGGGGCGCCUGAACCAGCUAGGGCUGCUGAUGGUCGUGAAGGAGUCCCUGCUGCUGUCGGAGAGGAAGAGCUCGCUGCUCUGA